UCGAAGCCGCAGACGGACGCUGGCUCCCUGGGAGCAUCGAUGCACUACCCCGCCACAGUAGCGGAGUUGACUGGUUGCGAGAGUAGCUGAAGAUCUGGUUGUGUUUAAAGGAGCGGCGACACGGCGGGACUAUGGCCGUCGAAGAGGAGGGUCUCCGUGUUUUCCAGAGCGUUAAAAUCAAAAUAGGGGAAGCCAAAAACAUCCCUCCCUACCCCGGGCCAAACAAGAUGAGAGACUGCUACUGCACCGUCAACCUGGAUCAGGAAGAGGUUUUCAACCAGAUCAUCGAGAAGUCACUUUGUCCGUUCUAUGGGGAGGACUUCUACUGUGAGAUCCCUCGGAGCUUCAGACACCUCUCCUUCUACAUAUUCGACAGGGACGUUUUCAGAAGAGACUCCAGCAUCGGUAAGGUAGCAGUACAGAAGGAAGACCUCCAGAAGUACCACGCUAAAGACACCUGGUUCCCCCUGCAGCCGGUCAGUGCGGAUUCAGAAGUCCAGGGUAAGGUUCACUUGGAGCUGCGUCUGAGUGAGGUCAUCACAGACACCGGAGCUGUCUGCCAUAAACUAGCAACCAGGGUGUUGGAGUGUCAGGGUCUGCCGAUCGUCAACGGACAGUGUGAUCCAUAUGCUGCUGUCUCCUUGCUGGGCCCAUCCAGGUCGGAGGCGAAGAAGACGAAGGUGAAGAGGAAGACCAACAACCCUCAGUUUGACGAGGUGUUCUACUUCGAGGUUACUCGACCACUCAGCUACACCAAGCGGCACUUUGAUGUAGAAGAGGAGGAUGUGGAUAAACUGGCGUUGAGAGUUGACCUAUGGAACGCCAGCAACCUCAAGUUUGGAGACGAGUUUCUGGGCGGAGUUCGUGUUCCUCUCAAGGUGCUGGGGCCGAACGGGGUCCAUGAAGCUUGGUACUUCCUGCAGCCCAGGGAGGGAGGGGGCAGGGUGGUGAAGGUGGAGGAGUUGGGGUCUCUCCGUCUGAACAUCGUCUACACCGAGGACCACGUGUUCUCCUCCGACCGGUACAACCCCCUCAGGGAACUCCUGCUGCGCUCUGCUAGCAUACAGCCUGUGUCUGUUUCGGCAGCUCACAUCCUAGGGGAAGUGUGUCGGGAGAAACAGGAAGCUGCCGUCCCUUUGGUGCGUCUCUUCCUCCACAGCGGGAAGGUCCUCCCGUUCCUCAGUGCCAUCGCACAGGCCGAGGUCAACCGCACGCAGGACCCCAACACCAUCUUCAGGGGAAACUCUCUGACGUCUAAAUGCAUCGACGAGACCAUGAAGCUGGCGGGCAUGCACUACCUUCAGGUCACACUGAAGCCCAUCAUAGACGAGAUCUGUACGGAUCACAAGCCGUGUGAAAUCGACCCGGUCCGACUCAAGGAAUCAGAGAACCUCGACACGAACCGGGAGAACCUGCGUGCGUACGUGGACCGUAUCUUCUCCGUCAUCACAGCCUCCGGUGUUCGCUGUCCAACUGUGAUGUGUGACAUCUUCUUCUCUCUAAGGGAGUCCGCAGCAUCCCGUUUCCAAGAUGAGGAGGUGCGCUACACGGCGGUCAGCAGCUUCAUCUUCCUCCGGUUCUUCGCUCCGGCGAUCCUCUCUCCAAACCUCUUCCAGCUCCGCCCUCAUCACCCUGACCCAGCGACCUCCAGGACUCUGACUCUGAUCUCCAAGACCAUCCAGACUCUUGGUAGUCUGUCCAAGUCCAAAUCUGCCAGUUUUAAGGAGUCCUACAUGGCGGCGUUUUAUGAGUUCUUCAACGAGCAGAAGUAUGGAGACGCUGUGAAGAAUUUCCUGGAGCUGAUCUCGUCGUCUGGACACUGGGACCAGAAGAGCAUCGAGUCUCCCAUCAUGCUGAAGGAGGGGGUGAUGAUCAAGCGGGCGCAGGGGAGGAACCGCUUUGGGAUCAAGAACUUCAAGAAGCGCUGGUUCCGUCUGACCAACCAUGAGCUCACCUACCACAAAUCCAAAGGAGAGGGCGCUCUGUGCAGCAUCCCCAUGGAGAACAUCCUAGCAGUAGAGCGACUAGAGGAAGAGUCUUUCAAGAUGAAAAACAUGUUCCAGGUGGUGCAGCCCGAGCGCGCGCUCUACAUCCAGGCCAACAACUGCGUGGAGGCCCGGGACUGGAUGGACAUCCUCACCAAGGUCAGCCACUGCAACCGCAAGCGGCUGUCCACGUACCACCCCUCGGCCUACCUCAACGGGCACUGGCUCUGCUGCCGCCUGUCGGCUGACACGGCCCCAGGGUGUACGCCCUGCACCGGGGGUCUACCAGACAACAUCCAGCUGGAUGUGGAUGGAGACCGCGAGACGGAGCGAAUCUACUCUCUGUUCAGCUGCUACAUGAGCAAGCUGGUCAAGAUGCAAGAGGCAUGUGGCAGUAGGUCCGUGUACGACGGGCCCGAGCAGGACGAGUACUCCAGCUUCCUGAUCGACGAGCCCCAGGAGACCUACCAGACCCUGAAGCUGGUGGUGUCGGCCGUGCAGACGCUGGAGCAGAGGCACACACAGUACCGCCGGGAUCAGUUCAAGAAGACCAAGAUCGGCAGCCAGGAACAUCCGAUCGGAGACAAAAGCUUCCAAUGCUACAUCACCCAGCAGUCAGAGAGCACCACCUACUCAAUCUAAGCCCUGCCCACUCCACAUAAGCUCCACCCCUGUGGAAGAUUACCACGACGACCGAGACCAGCAGGAUUUCUUUCAUUGAAGAAAGACAGCAUUCAUUUUAACAACUUACUUACUCCAGUGUUUUAAAAUGUUAUUUUUCACAAAAAAGAAGACGAGGAAAAGCUUCACAAUAGCAGCUCUUGAAGCUACAAACUGUUUGACUUUUAUCACUUAUUUCCCAUUGGGAGAGGGGAGCAUUUUUUUAGACCCCAUGAUACAAGUGGUCGGAAGGGAGAACCUCUUUACUACGCACUUUACUAGCUGUCCUAAACCACAGGACGACACGCCUCGCUCACACCUUUCUGAGAAAAAAUGUAGUUUUAUUUGUCCUUGUUUUUGAAUAUUUUGUACUGAUAUUAAUGUUUAUUUCUUUGUAUUGGAAGUCUCACAGACCAAACCCACGACGGAAGGACUCUAUUUCCCAGGUUUCAACCUUCUCAGGAAGGAGAGGAGAGGCUGCCAUGACAGUUUUUGGGACCAAUGCUAAUGCACAUUUUUGACAUUCUUCUGCCCGUCUUUAAAGAUUUUUCCAGAGCACCCCAAAAUAAAUUCGGGGGGACUCAGCACCCCCCAAAUCCCCCUGUAUUUCUCACACUGGCUGUUAGCAUCCCAGCGGUGCCGCCUGAACUUCCCUUGACCCUUAGGAUCACUGUGCUAAUAUGCUAAUCAGUGGUUGGAUUCUGAGUUCAAUCUUAAAUCAGAAGCACCCACAGGCAUUGUCCGUUUCUGCAGAAGGACUCGCGUUAGUUUGAACCUGCUCUGUUUUCGCAAACCUCAGACAGUACAGUACUCUGAACCUAUCAGACGGUACCAUAUCCCUGUCAGAUCUUAUGGAACCCUAACCCUUUGAAGAAUUACAUACCCUGACCCUUUCAAAAAGUACAGUACCUAUAUCCUCUCAGAUGGUACUCUAAACCUAUCAGACAGGACGAUACCCUUAAACUAUGAAGAUGAUAUCCUAACCCUAUUAGACAGUUCUAUCCCCUAACCCUAAACUAGUGUUGUUCCUACGGCAGACUUGUGACAUUAUUCCAGUGAGUGAAAGUAAUUCCCAGCAGUGCCAAACAGUCCAGCUCUCCUGCUUCUCAUUCUCUACAAUGAUCUGGGACCUUUUCAACCACUCUGACCCCUCAUGUUUCUAGGUUUCUGUGGGGUUUCAGCAAAUUGGUUUAAUUCAGGGUUAGAGGUUUCAACCCUACUGUUGAGAUAAGAUAGUUCCUUAUUAAUCCCAGACGGUAAAUCACAAUGAAGCCUCUUGUCCUCCUCUCCCUCCUUAGUAAUAUUUUUAACAAAGUCACCUUUCCUGUUUGCAGGAACAUCUGCCAAAUAACUCCUUCGAAGCUGAUGUCCGCUAGCGACAAACUGAUCUCUCCGUUAGGGUAGUUUCAACAGCUGAUACCUGCAUGGGCGUUGAUGUCCACUAGAGAGCGUAGUUUCUCCAGCUGAUACCUGCAGAGUAGUUGAUCUCCACUACCCUGCGUACUUUCACUAGCUGAUACCCUCAGGGUUGUUGAUCUCCACUCGAGAUCGUCGUUUCACCAGCUAAUACAUUCAGGGUCAUUAUUCUCCACAAGAGAGGGUAGUUUCAUCAGCUGAUACCUGCAAGUUCGUUGAUCUCUACUAGAUGGCGUAGUUGCACCAGAUGAUACCUGCAGGGUCGUUAUUCUACACUAGAAAGCGUAGUUUAACUAUCUGAUGCCCAAGAGGGUCGUCAGUAUUUGCUAGAGAGGCUAAAGGUGAGCGUAUUACUACCUUUACUGCCAACCCUGGUAUACUUACGUCUCAAACGCGACCAUAAUGAACAUUUCAUAUUUUUAAUACCUCCUAAAACAUAGUAGCUGAAAGAGUGUUGUGAGCUGUGUGUCUGCUAACGAUCUAAUGAGAUGGUGCUAGACUAUCCCCGAUAUUCUAGGAUGAUCUCACUAGAUGAGAAGAUGAAGAUCCUGAUUCAACUACUAAAGGGAGAACAGCGUUUUUUGUAUUCUAUAUUUUGAAAGUAUUAAAAUAAGAAAUAUGUACAUAAACUGUGUAAUGAAACUUCAUGACAAUGAAGUUGAUAACAAUGUAUGUCACAUGGUGUAUUAUUUUUACUAUCUCUCUCUAUCAGAAUACUCUAUUUACUUAUUCGAGGUUUCGGAGUGCGUGUGUUUGUGUGUGUGUU